UACGACGGGGAUGCUCGGCUCUCUGUGAGAUUUCCAAUGCUUGUGAUAGUCUCAGCCUCACUGUCCUUUGCUUAGACCUGCUAUAAUGUUCUUACAUUAAUACAUAUGGAGAUGCUGUGGAGGAAUAUGCUGGUGCGCAAAGGGAGUCUCCAUCCUUCUCCCCACAGAGUGGAAACUGGAUAUGUGGCCAGGGCUCCAGGGGUGUUCCCAGCGUAAUGCAUCUUGGAAGUUAUCAGCCGAUUCUCUACUUUAACCCUCAGUAAAAGCCUCAUAGAUGAUAUUUCUCUGCGCGACUCCAUGGAUGUGGUUCACUGAGGACCAUCUGAAGAACAGGCAUGGCAGUGUCAACUAUGGUGUUCUCUGACGUGGAAAGUUUUCUGGACGCGCAUCCCGAGUUAUUCGAGGACUACCUGAACAGAAAGGGGAAUUAUAGCAUGGUGGAGAAAUGGCUCAAGAACCACAAGGCGAGCAAAAGUCCGGCGGCUGCGGGUCCCGCCGAGCCGAGAGAGGAGAAGGGCAGCGCGUGUAAGGACAGCUGGGCAAGCAAAUGUGACGGUCUGCAGAGGAGAGCCUCGCAGAAGGAGCUGCGCAAAACUUUCGCCAAAUCAAAGGCCAUCAAUGUCAACAGGACAUACGACGAACAUGUGAACUCCAGGGCUCAGGAGCCCCUGACCAGCAUGAGGAGGAGAGCUCUGCUGAGGAAGGCGAGCUCUCUGCCCCCGACCACUGCGCACAUACUGAGCGCACUGCUGGAGUCCAGAGUCAACAUCCCCCAGUACCCGUCCACAGCCGUGGAUUUUAAAUAUUACCUCAAAGAACACAACGAAAGAGAGUUUUUCCUGGAGCUUGUAAAAGAAAUAUCCAACGACUUGGAUCUAACGAGUCUCAGCUACAAAAUCCUUGUGUUUGUUUGUAUUAUGGUGGAUGCAGACCGGUGCUCCUUGUUUUUAGUGGAGGGGACGGGCAACAAGAAGACACUAGUGUCCAAAUUCUUUGACGUGCACGCAGGUACUACAGUUUUACCCUCCAUGAAUUCAGAUGAAGUUCAAGUGCCGUGGGGGAAAGGCAUCAUUGGAUAUGUGGCUGAACACGGAGAGACAGUGAACAUUCCUGACGCUUAUCAGGAUCGUCGGUUCAGUGAUGAAAUCGACAAGCUGACAGGGUACAAAACCAAGUCCCUCUUGUGCAUGCCCAUUCGCAACAGCGACGGAGAGAUCAUUGGAGUCGCUCAGGGCAUCAACAAGACUUCAAGUGGAGAACUCUUCACUGAAGAUGAUGAAAAGGUGCUGCAGAUGUACCUGCCUUUCUGUGGCAUUGCGAUCUCCAACGCCCAACUCUUCGCCGCCUCAAGGAAGGAGUAUGACCGGAGUCGGGCACUCUUGGAGGUAGUCAAUGACCUGUUUGAGGAGCAGACUGACCUGGAGAAGAUUGUCAGGAAGAUCAUGCACCGUGCCCAGACAUUGCUAAAGUGCGAGCGCUGCUCUGUUCAGUUGCUGGAGGACAUUGAGUCACCGGUGGUGAAGUUCACCAAGUCGUUUGAACUACUGUCCCCUAAGUGUAGUGCAGACACUGAAAGCAGUUUCAAAGACAGCAUGGAGAAAUCGUCCUACUCUGACUGGCUCAUCAACAACAGCAUCGCAGAGCUGGUAGCUUCCACAGGACUCCCUGUGAACAUUAGCGAUGCCUAUCAGGAUCCUCGCUUUGAUGCUGAGGCAGACCAAUUCUCGGACUUCCACAUCCGCUCUGUGCUUUGUGUUCCCAUAUGGAACAGCAACCAUCAAAUCAUUGGUGUCGCCCAAGUGCUGAACAGGCUCGAUGGGAAACCAUUCGAUGACGCAGACCAGCGUCUCUUUGAAGCGUUUGUGAUCUUUUGUGGACUGGGCAUCAACAACACCAUCAUGUACGACCAGGUGAAGAAAUCUUGGGCCAAGCAGUCUGUGGCUUUGGAUGUUCUGUCUUACCAUGCCACUUGCUCCAAGACUGAAGUUGACAAAUUCAAGGCUGCCAACAUUCCCCUGGUCUGCGAGCUCGGCAUCGAUAAGCUCUCCUUUGAUGACUUCUCCCUGGACGUUGACGCCAUGAUAACGGCCGCUCUGAGGAUGUUCAUGGAGUUGGGGAUGCUGCAGAAAUUUAAGAUCGACUAUGAGACACUGUGCAGAUGGCUGCUGACAGUCAGAAAAAACUACAGAAUGGUUCUCUAUCACAACUGGAGACAUGCCUUCAACGUCUGCCAGUGCAUGUUUGCCAUGCUAACGACGGCAGGCUUCCAGGAGACCCUGACAGAGGUGGAGAUCUUAGCGCUUAUUGUGGGCUGUGUGUGCCAUGAUUUGGACCACAGGGGAACCAACAACGCUUUUCAGGCAAAGACGGGCUCAGCCCUUGCUCUGCUUUAUGGGACCUCUGCUACGCUGGAGCACCACCACUUCAACCACGCCGUUAUGAUCCUGCAGAGCGAGGGUCACAAUAUCUUCUCCAACCUCUCGUCCACAGAGUACAGUGACCUCAUGCAGCUGUUGAAACAGUCGAUUCUGGCCACAGACCUCACACUUUACUUUGAGAACAGAAACACUUUCUUUGAGCUGGUCAGCAAAGGAGAGUACAACUGGAAUGUGAAGGGUCACAGGGACAUGUGCAGAUCCAUGAUGAUGACAGCGUGUGAUCUUGGUGCUGUCACUAAACCUUGGGAAAUAUCACGCAAGGUUGCAGAGUUGGUGACCAGCGAGUUCUUCGAGCAGGGCGACAGAGAAAGAUCAGAGCUGAAGCUCACGCCCUCUGCCAUCUUUGAUCGAAACAGGAAGGACGAGCUGCCGGGGCUCCAGCUGGAGUGGAUUGAUGGAAUCUGCGCGCCACUGUACGAGACUCUGGUCAAGUUGAAUCCCAAACUUCAGCCGAUGGUUGACAUGAUCAAAGCUAACAGGGCCAACUGGGAAGAACUGAACAAGAAGAGACAAGGCGGUCAAAGUGUUUCUCCUCCCGCGAGCCCCUGCAGUGGAGACAGCACUGAAAGAAGCGGCUGCACUGUGGCCAAAAAGGGUGUCGCACCCUGCUGCAGCGGUGAUGCAGACGGCACACCAUCCAAACCUGUUAGUUAGCUUCUGAUGCCAUCUCCGAGCUGACCUCUUAGGCUUAUGUCCUCUUAAAUGCAGCCUGCAACAGAGGCAGUGCAGUGCAUGCAGAGGUUCUUGGGCUCUGCUCCUCUUUGCUUUUGCUGCUAGAGAUGAGCUUUAGACUUGAGCGCGGCGCUAUCAUAGAGGUUUUUCUGCUCCCUUCAGUGUUCCUCUGCUGAAGGCUAACAGAGCUGUGUUUGGUGAGCUUGUCGGAGCAGCUACAAAUCAGCUGAUGACAUCACGUCAGAAAGGAAACUCAAACCACUGUGUCAACAUGUCAACCAUGUCAACACUAACUAUUCUGGGCAUUGCACAGAUUUUCGGCACAAUAAGGCAUGGAGAAUAUUGGAGAGGAAUGUUUGUCUCUGCUGUGGUUCGUUUUGCUCUCAGUACCUCCUCGUUGCUCGCAUUUUGUCUGGGGUAACAGAGAUAUUUUUUGUAAAUCUGUACAUAAGCUGUUAUUUACAAGUGCUGUUUAAGAACCUGUAAGCUCUGGAUUGUAAUGUGGCUGUAGAGUUUCUGAAGGAUAAAGGGGUGCAGGAACAGCAGGACCUGUGACAGUGCUUGCAAUGCAAAUUGAGUGCUCCGCUCCCUCCCUUCCUGUGCCUUGUUUUAAGAUCCUAAUGAAAAAUGCAUGGCCUCCUCACCAAGAUUCUUAGAUAGUAUGGAAACCCAUGUUGAACUAGGACAUGUUUUGCCAUAAUUUAUAAAAACCAAUGACUGCAGUCACGUCUUGACCCCAUGUUAGCCACAAAGCAUCAACAUUAUAUAGAAAUCUAUUUUGCCCAGUUUUAUAAAUGCAGGGUCUCACUUGUCACACACAAACACACACAAUGUGCCUUGAUGACAUUGUUCUGAUAUCACAUUCAUUUCUGCAGAAACUUAACAUUACAAUACAUCUAAUAGAAACUCCUCACUAAACUAUUAAAAAAAACCAACAAGAAUUACCACUCCGCAGUUAUAUACCUCCACACACUGGUCAAGUUUCUCUUACAGUUUACUUCCAUGUCUAUGAAAACACGAAUGCUUCAUACACACAUCCUCCCCUGACAGCACAGAAGAUCUAUACAAUCAGCACAGUUUCAAGAUUAGUGUCACCAAUUCAGCAUCUGACCAAAUGUCUCCCCUUCUGUUCCUGAGUUAUGAUGUUAAGUGAUGGCAAGAGAAGUGUUUUAUACAGAACAUUAUGAUGUCACAGUGAAGUUGACCUUUGACCUUUUGGAUAUAAAAUGUCAUCACUUCAUCAUUAUAUUCUAUUAUACAUUUGUUGGAAGUUUUGUCAUGAUUGGCGUAUGUAUUCUUGAAUUAUGGCCAAAAACAUAUUUUGUGAGGUCACACUGACCUUCACCAUUGACCACCAAAAUUUAAUAAGUUCAUCCUUUAAGUGGAUGUUUGUGCCAAAUUUGAAGAAAUUCCCUACAGGCGUUCUUGAGAUGUGUUCACAAGAAAGGGACAGACGGAUGUAUGGAUUACAUAUGUACGUACGGAUAACCCCAAAAUAAAUGUUUCCGGCCAUGGCUAUCUCCGGUGCUGAGGCAUAAAAAGAAUAGUUUGAAAUUUAAAGAAAUACACUCACUCAAACGGGGCAUACACCAUAUGAUUUGAGGCAGGUCCCAAAAGGACCGUAAAAGUCAGUUUAUGACAGACUCAUGGCUCAGCAUCAACUAUGCAAGAGCCUGACAACAGCUAAUUAAAAUUUCUAGCAUGUCAGAAAUUCAUCUGAACGCCCGACAGCCGUUAGGAAGCAGUUCAUCGUGUUUUGAUUGGUCUUCCAUCCUCCCUGUGCACUAAAUGGGAAAUGUGUCCAAUGAAGUCAAAAUUCCGUCCAACUUUGUCAAUUAGUUCUGCAGCUCAAAAUUCAAAUCAGAAACAGCCUCAAAUCAUACCGCUCAACUUUAGAAGACGGGAUACUACUCUCAUAUCUGUCUCUUUAAAGGGGCAGUGUGUAGGAUUUGGCGCCAUCUUGUGGUAAGGUUGCAGAUUACAAACAAUUGAAUGCCCCUCCGCUCACCUCUUGCUUACAGCCACCUUCAGUGGCCUUCAGGUAAGAAAAUAAUGUGAAAGUCCCCCUCUACAGCCAGUGUUUGGUUUGUCAGUUCUGGCCGACUGUAGAAACAUGGCAGUCCCUGGAAGAGGACCCGCUCGUUAUGCAGAUAUAAAAGGUUCAAUCUAAGGAUAGAAAUAUAGAACGGUUCUUAGUUUCAGGUGAUUAUGAACAAAUAUUACAAUUCUGUUCUGCCAAUAGAUUUCCCUAAAUCCUACACACUGCUCCUUUAAAUAAAGCUACAGUUGGCCAACGGUUAGCUUAGCUUAGCUUAGCACAAAGACUAUAAAUAGCUUAUCUGGUUGGGGUCUGCCCAUUGGUCCGACAGCCCAUUGUUCUGACCAUAUUAAACCCAUUGUUCCG